AACAGAAAAACAAGCUUCAGUGUGUGGGGAACUAGUACGUGACUCAGUUUUAAAUACAAAGUAUUCUGCGUCGGUCGCUAGAGGAACAAUUUACGACAAAAGAUGGCAAAUUUCUUUUCAAAUCUUUAUGCCAAGAUUUUCGGCAAAUCACCGAUUAGAAUUUUAAUUUUGGGUUUGAAUGCAGGUGUGGGCAAAACAACUGUUUUAUAUAGGCUGAAAGAUGGCACCACCGUUGACAGUACUCACACCAGUGGCUUCAACUUGGAAACAGUGGAACGUAACAAUGUCAGAUAUGAAAUGUGGGACAUUGGCGGUGGAGACAAAAUAACACCAUUGUGGAAUCAGUACUUUCAAAAUACCAAGGCAAUAAUAUUUGUAGUUGACUCAACGGAUAAGGAGCGCUUGGAUGUUGUAGAGCAGGAGUUGCAGAGACUGCUAACUGAAAAGGAGCUUGAACAUUGUCCAAUCCUGAUACUGGCCAACAAGCAGGACUUGCCAGAUGCCAUUAGUGUUGAUGAGCUGAAGAAAACAUUAAAGUUGGAGCAAUGGAAGAACCGGGCAAUCCAUGUACAAUCUGCCGUUGCCAAACAGGGGACUGGAGUGACAGAAGGAUUUGAUUGGCUGUGCAGUAAACUUGCAAAGGUGGAGAAAUAGAUCUUAAGUUUAAUUGCAUUGAUCUGAAUGCCCUUGGCUUGGUAAAAUAGUACAUUACUUACAGUACAAGCGUCGAAAAGGGGAAGUUGCGAUAAAUUUAAACACGACCGAAAGGAGUACUCUUAUUGAAAUCAUAAUUAUAAGGUUCCCUUAAAAGUGUUAUUAAUAAUUAGUAGUGUAUACAUAUAUUGUAAAAAUCCUAACCUGGAAAAUGAAAACGAACAAAAAAGAGAAAUAAUAUAUCUAUUUUACCAAGGGUAUUUCUGUAUUUACAUUUAAUAUAAGUGGUAAUAAUCAGCACUUAUUUUUUAUUCUUGUCGAAAUUUUGUUAUAUCUUUGUCUGCAGAGUGACUGAAUAGCAAGCAGUAGGUACAAACUGCUGACAGCUGACUGUGAAUUUAAUAGACUGAGAGAGACUUGUAGUCAAGCACAGCUAACUUUUAUGUUGAUGUUUAUUAAGCUUUUCGGAUAUUUUUAAGUUUUAUUGAAUAAAACCAUUGGCUAACA